AUGAACUUGAAGUCUACAAAGUUUACUGUUGACAGAUGCACUCCUCGCGACCGGUUUGCGACGCGCUUCACGAGAGUCGCCCAGAUAUCUUUCCCAACAUCUGUCAGGAAAAGCAUCGACGAUUCAUGCAUUGACUUCCCUCUCAGUCCAUUCUACUCUCCCAUUGAAGAGUCGUUCAUUCGCCCUCGAGCGACCUCAGACGCGUUCAGGGGACACACCUAUUCCCCGAGUAUCGUUACGAACAUCCUGAUCCCCCACGUUCACCGACACCGAUCGAUUUCUUCCACCCGCCGGGUCCGCCUUCGCCCCCUCCAAAGACUUCUUCGUACCUACUUCACUCAAACGAGCCGCAAAGCCCCACUCACGCAGGAAUCUUCGAGUCCAAUUUUCGCUGAUCCUGUACCUGUAACCCCAGGGCCAGCGGGACUUGAACCCUCGCACCCUAUAUGGAUUUUUGACAGCUCCUUACGUGAAGUUGAUUUUGACGUCACCUGUCUAGGCGCACUAGACGAGCAACUUCUUUAUGCUCCAAAGGAAUCUGCCGGUGCUGCAGCCCAGCCAGAGGAGAAGCCAUGGAUGUGGCAGCCACAGACGGAAAGGGAAACCGAUUCGGAAGAAUCGGACCAAAGGGCCCUGAUCCCAUCAUCAUGCAAGUGGAGCUCGUUCUUUCCUUCCCCCGAAUCAUACACGCCACGAUCUCCCCAGCGCAUGAUGUUUGCAGAGUCCGAGUCACGCAUGUUGUACCAAAACGCGAAUCACUCGGUGCACUUCUUCCCCGUGCCGCAGCAACGCAAACAAACGACACAGGACCCGCCUGAUACUCCUUCCGGGAAGCUCAAGCUCUUUUCGGACGCAUACGGCACUCUCACAGGACGGCGGCGUACUACUUCCAAUUAA